AUUGGAUUGGAUUGUAUCAAGACAACCGCAGAGUGUAUUCGACACUGACGUUGAUGGAGACAAGGCGCGCGUUUGUACACCAUAGCUCUCGUUGAGCUGCAGGAGUUGUCCAUCGGCACGUUGACAAUCGCAGACCCCCAUUUUCGCCAAGGUCGCCAACUUGGAACCCCCGUCACCACUGGCGCGCGAGACAUCUAGGAUACGCGGAGCAAGACUAUAUAGCGGCAGCGACAUUGGACCCCCGCUUCUUCGCAAAGAUGGUUCUUCGGACCCCUUGUUCCCUCUCCGGCGCGCUGAACUUGGCGGUCUACCUCGUCCUGCUCCUGGUCGCAGCACCGGCCGUGCGAGCGUGGGGUCAGGUCGGACAUGCCAUCGUCGCCACAAUCGCACAGACGCAGCUCCAUCCUGCCGUACGCGCACACAUCUGUUCCAUCCUCCCCGACUUUACCGCGUACCAGAGCUACUACCCUCGGCAGGGUGCUCCUCACACACACUGCCACCUCGCACCCCUGGCAUCAUGGCCUGACGCACAGCACAUGCGCUACCCCUGGUCCUCCAAGCUGCACUACAUCAACCCGCUGCAGGAUGACCCGCCGCUGCACUGCACAUACGGCGAGGAGGGCUGGGCAUCGCCCGACAAUCUCGUCACCGCGCUGUACAAUUACACAUCUCGUCUGCAAACAGAGCAAGGCUGGGAGCGUGACAUGGCCAUGCGCAUGGUCGUCCACUUGAUGGGCGAUAUGGGCCAGCCGCUGCACCUGACCGGAAGAGAUCGAGGCGGGAACGACGUAUGGGUCCGCUUCGAAGGGCGCAAAAGCAAGUUGCACACGGUCUGGGACAGUUUGAUGCUGCAAGCGCAGAUCCGCUCUCUCGCCAACUACACAACGCCUCUUCCUAGCGCACGCAUCGAGUCGGCCUUGCAAGGCAGGAUCUGGGACAACUACAUCCGAUGGCUUCUGCAAGAGGGCUUGGGCCAGCCGACCCUGUCGGCGCCCUCCCCCGCCCCACCUGCGUCAACUUGGUGGUCCGAAGCCGAUCAGAAAGAUUGGCUGACCUGCCCAGCUACCAGCGAGGCAGACCAGAGCGACAACACGCAACUUGUCCUGGGGCAGCAAAAAGUACGACAGCUAGCCACGGGUGAAGGCACCAUUUGCGCCAUGGCCUGGACCAAGUUGAUGCACCCGCUUGUAUGCUCGUAUGCGUUCGCCGCUCCUGUGCCUGCGCCGUCCAAGCCCAAUGCGGCGUUCCUGAUAGGUGCUGGCCCAAGGACACCUGUGGAUCUAGAAGAAGACGAGGAUGAGGCGGACAUUUGGACGAUGAAAGACGCCGAGCUCAGUAUAGAGCAUCUCAACGCCAAAGCCGAGCUCGCGCGCAGAAGACGUCGGCGGCGUCGUGGUCCGGGCCGUCACCCUCAGCCCCGACCCUACCCUCCUCCUUCCUCUCCGUCGGACCCGGACCCGCAGCACCCACAACCACAGCCUGAGCUGGCGGAGCUUGACGUGCCAGAGUACUUUGGCCGCAUCAAUGACGACAAGAUUCUGCAAAUGCAGCUUGCAAAGGCGGGCGUUCGAUUGGGCGCGCUGCUUAACAGCUUACUGCUCGAUGAAGCGCUACAAGCUGGCCACUAGCAGCACGUCCUCGUUCUAUCUCAAGCCACAACUGACGCCACGACUUCAUCGAAACACACGUCAGGACAUUCUCUGCACUGGCCCUCGCUAAAUCGUCGCACACGCUAAUGCGUAAUCGUAUUUCAUGAACAGGUAUCCAAUAAGACUUCGACACAUUCUCAGCUUGCGUACUGCAUUUGCAUGUUUGUACUUGUGUCUCACGUAUCUGUAAGCUACACUUUGUUUCAUCCUCAUCAUCAUUGUCAUCGAGCCC